GUUACUUUUUCCACUGGUUUUGUUAGAGUACUGACGGUGAAGAAUCAUACAUCUGAACUUAUAUACUUAUAUCUGUUAUAUACAGUUUUAAAGUGACACUGAACUGUGAUGUACAAGUUCAAAGAUGCUUCAAAGAUUUCAAAAUCUUUUAAAGAAGUCGUAUAACAGUAAUGCAGGCAAGGUGUGAAGUCCAGGGUGCAGACCUGAAGACAAAUCUUCGCUCCAUGGUGUUGGUCUAUUAUUUGAACCAUGGCUUACCUGGCCCAUUCAGCCCACUUCCAAUUCGUGGGUCUGGUGCUUGGCUUUGUAGGAUGGAUAAUCACAGCGUGCAUUUCAGGAGUGAAUGACUGGAGAAUAUGGUACGUGGAUGAUAAGUCUACCAUCACUGGAGGAUUGGCCUGGGUUGGUGUGUGGAGAGCCUGUUUCAACAGCCAUGUUUUGGGCUCCUCUGAAUUCUGCAAAAGUAUCAGCCUUACAGACUCCUUUACUCCUCCAGAGAUAGCAGCUGCCCAGAUACUCUGCAUGACUGCUAUUGGCGUGGGUGUGGUCGCAAACCUGCUGGCUGGAUAUGCGGUGAGAAACGCAUACUUUGGGUUUGACGAUGGACACGUGAGACUGGCCUUUGUGGUGGCGGGUUCCUUGUACUGGCUUACUGCAGCAUGUUCAUUGGUUCCUGUCCUCUGGAAUAUGAGUUCUGUGCUGGCUAAUCUUACUAUAGACUUCCCAUCAGACUUCUACCUGCCUCCCGCUCCAUUAAAACAGGAAGUUGGUCCAGGGAUUGGCUUUGGGAUUGGAUCAUCAGUCAUGCUUAUUAUAAGUGGCCUACUCUUAUUGUGCUUCAAGCAUCCAGGCAAAACCAAAAGGCAUAAGAGUGGAACAACUGAACAUUUUAAUAACACAAACAUCAGGGCUGAAUGCUCUUUGAGUACAAUUAAAGAGUUUAAAGAUGAGGGUAGGAUCAACCCAGCCUUUGAAGGAGAGUAAAAUAUUUAGCAACAUCACUUUACUGGAAUGACUCUAAAGGUGUAAAACGCAAAUCCUAAGGAACUUUGUUGAACUCUUGCACAGUAUUGACCUUUAAAGUCCCUGUGAACAUGAAGUCGCAAUCGACUUUACUUCCAUAUUGUGACAUAUUUCCGAGUGAAAUGGAAAAUAGUGGGCAGGUUUGUGUAUUCCACUGUGAAUUGAUUGGACAUAACCUAGUAAAGAAAGCAUUUCAUUCAGAAAUGGAACUUGCAGCAGACUAAAAGUUGGAGGGGCGGGGUUACCAGAUGCUCCACCUAAGCCGUCUAGCUGACAUCGUCAGGGAAGGAUCGCCAUAAGAAAGCGGAAGUACAUUUUCAGAUUUUGAGGGCACAUGAACUGAUAAAUUGUUUAUAAUGAACACCGAAUAUUCCAUUAAAAAUAAUAAUUGUCAGUUUUGAUUUCAUGGGGACUUUAAAGCUGAAUAUCUGAAACGCAAUUUAAAUGCUUAAAUUAUUUAAAUGCUUAAAUUAUUUAAAGUACUGACUGAGUUAUAAUAAAGGUCACAGUGUACAUUUUAAACAAAUGUUUAUUUGUGUGAAAAUGAUGCCUAAUACAACAGUACCCUUUUAAGUCUGUGUA